CACGGGGCUGCUCGGGCAUCACAGCGGCAGCAUGGGGGGGCUCGGGCCCCAGUAGUGAAAACACCCUCGUUUUAAAGGCCACUUAAUGUGCCAGCGACGUCUGGAAAUCUUACGGGGAGGGGUUAAGAUUUGGCAAAGCAUCUGGCGAGAGUUGAUUUUGGCUGUAGUGUUUUUACAGAAAUUAUGGCAAUUUCCACACUGAGCAUCGCAGCAGAGACCGCAGGAGGAGCCCGCCCGCGGGAUUUCCACACCUGUCCCUGUUAGCUGCCACGGGGACACCGAGCACGGCGCAGACGGGUGGUGUCGUGGGGGCUGCCACACCGCUGCGGCGAGAGCAGAGGACAGGGGACACGGCGAUGUGCUGGGACCGGGGCUGGUUGUGGGGCAGAGCUGCUGCAAUUUCCCAGAGGGGACUGGAGCCUCCAGCUUUGAAGCCUCGAAGUCUUCUGAAGGGACUGAGCAGGGGUGGAGGAUGUAGCUCCACAGGGAUGCGGCAGCUCCAUGGGGAUGCUGUGGCCAGGGCCACCACACCAUGCCCCAGUUCUGCCCUAUAACUGUUGGUGGAAGGAAGGACGGAUGGGAGGAGAAACACCGUGGGCUGGGAAUACCCUGCAAGGAGCCAGGCAGGAGCAGAGCCUGCUCCUUGCCCCGCUUCCACCUCCUGCUCCCCACGCAGGGUGGCCCUGGCUGUGGGAAGGGGGAUGGCAGGGCCAGAGCUUGUUUCCAUCCCCUGGAGGAUUGCCACGCAGAAAUGCACCGGGUGGGCGGAAGCGCCAGGGAGCAGAAAGGGAUUUAUUGUGAAGGACAGCGUGGGUGCGAGAGCAGAUGGGAGUCAGCCUUGCCCCAGGGCUCAGGAGCAGUGAGGAGCCCUCUUUGACCAAGCACAGAGCAAACCUCUUUUAACACCCUGACAGCAGAUCGUGCGAUGCUGUGGCUCAUCGCAGCGUGCUGGACUGGCAGCAGGAGCCCUCUCCUGUCCCGCACCCUCCUGUCCCACUGCCCGUGGUCUUCUGCCACGGUUGGUCUGCCUCCACCCCAGCCUGUCUCCCUGCCGGGACAGCACGCAGCAGGGUGGCACCUACCAUGUGGUGACCACGUGAAGUCACGGGGAUGGAGGAGGGUCCUGGGCUCCUCGCAGCCACUGCCAGUGCUCUCCUGGCCACUUUUGGAUGGGGACGGGAGCUGUCACGGUGGCACAGCCGGUGGCUAGGUUAUGGGUUUCCUCACCUGUACCCAUCCACACGGGCUGGUUCAGCUGUCCUUGAGCUGGAGGAGGCUCGGUGGCAGUGGGACAGGAGGGUCAGUGUCACCAGGGCUUGCAGAAGUGACAUGCUUUUUGGGUGGAGGACCAGCACUGGUUGAAGGACCCAGAGGCUUCAUUUGCUGCAGCAAAGUAGAUUUGGGUAAAGCCUCCUGGAGUGAGGAUAGAGGAGGAGGAGGUUGUGGCACUGCCACGGGUGGGGAUGUUGAACAGCUCGGUCCUUUUUGGGGAAGGAGGGAGAGCCGGUGUCCCCAGUGUGGGGGCUGCGGGGGCUCCUUUGCUACGCUCCCACUGGUGCAGAUAAACGCACCUCGCCCCCGUGCCGAGACCCCUUCCACCCUGCUCCCCCUAAAACUGCCCAAAAAGGAGGGUGCUGGGGAAGCUGGGCUGCCCGGAGCUGGGGUGAGGCUGCCCUGGGGCAGGGAGCAGCGUGCUAGCACCCGGCGCUCCCGUUUGCCCCUUGCUGCAGCUGCCAGCAGCAUUUCCCUGAGCUCCCCUGCAGCCUGCCCCCGCCGCAGCCGCUCUGGAGAGAUCGAGCUGAGGACAAGCGGGUGCUUUGCCUCGCAGGCGCUGCCUCGGCAGGCAGAAGCCGCUUGGCUCCUUCCCGAGGAAGCCGGGGCAGCGGAGGAUGCUCGUGGCGGUCCCCAGCCGCGGGGAUGCGGGGUUGCUAGGAGGCAGGUGAAGGUGACGGGGACAGCGCUGCGGAGCACCGCAGGCCCAGAUCCGCAUGUCCGACCAGAGCAGCAGCGAUGAUGGGGAGUCCGACCCCCAGCACAGCCUGUCCAUGGUCUUCCUCCUCGUCCUCGUCUUCUUCAUCAUGGGGCUGGUAGGAUUCCUGAUCUGCCAUGUCCUGAAGAAGAAGGGCUACCGGUGCCGGACUUUCCGGGACGAGCUCGACCCAGAUAACAAGGACGUGCUGGCGGAGCUCCAGGCCAAUGAAGAGGAGGAGCUGAAUGAGGACACUGUGGAGAAGAUCGUGAGAUGCAUCAUCCAAAAUGAAGCCAAUGCAGAGGCCCUCAAGGAGAUGCUGGGGGACAAUGAAGGGGACAUCCCAGUGCCAGUGCCCAGCCUUUGUCCCCACCGCAACAGCCAGGACGGGGGCCCACCACACCACCACACGGUGCAUCUGGGCUCCACGCAGGCCCCCUGCAUCCACUGCAGCAAGAGGAAGAGGCACCCGCUGCACCGGCAAGGAAGGUCCAAGGAUGGCAAAGGCAGGAUGCAUCCUGGAGAGACCACCGUCUUCUCAGUGGGCAGGUUUCGUGUCACGCACAUCGGGAAGAAGCCCACCUUCCCCGAGCAGCAGGACGGCGCCCAGCCUGACGGCAGCAGGGAGCCGAGCACAGAGGAGCUGGAGCACAGCAGCGAGCGGCUGCGGCGGGAGCGGGCUCACAACGGGACUGUCCCCACGGGUGGCCUGGAGAACGGGGCCGUCCAGGGGGGAGCAAAAAGCACGGAGCUGAGCCGCUCCAGCACCCCAGCUCCAAACACACCCGGCAGCCGGGACGGCAGAGCGGCGGGCAGGGUGGGCAGCUCUCCUGGGAGCACAAGUCACCAGUGGAGGCACCUGAGCCGUCGGGGUCUGGGAGGGUCGAGCCUCAGCAUCCCGGGGCAGCUGGGGCAGGAAGGAGGACAGAGAGGCAGCAUCUGCCAGGAGGAGGCCGGACUGGGGUCAGCAGAUGAGGUGUCGGAUAUUCACGGGAGCCUGAGCCUACAUGAAGGGGCGGAGGAGCUGGGAAGGGAGGAGAGCAGCAGAAGACAGCCCGCAGCAGAGGCCAUGGGGCAGCAGGAGCCCAGCACCAUGGUACAGGACCGAGGAGCCACCGUGUGAUCUCCUCUCCACUCCUGGCCAGAGCAGCCGACGGGAGGCACGGGGCCCCUGGCCCCACACCGGGCUGGGGGCUCUGCCGCGGGGGGCAGCCGGCCCCGGCCCCAGCCUGGGCAAGCAGCUUGGCAUGGCCAGAGCGACGCGCGGACAUUACAGACCUCAUCCCAUCGGCAAUAGUUACCUGACUCCCACCCAGCACCAACACCCCCACCCCGGGGGUCCCCCCAGCCUGGCACAAGUGGGGACCCCCUCCCAGCACCCCGCUGCCACCCAGUCCCCGCACCCCCCAGAAGGAUUCUGUAGGGAUGCUGCAGGGGCAGUGGCACCAGCUCGAGCCCCCCGCAUCCCCAAACUCACCGCAGAGCACAGCCCCGGCGGUGCCACCGAGCAGGACGCGGCGCAGCACCCGCCGGCACAAAGCCCCCAGCACCACUGGGGAGGGACUGCGCAGCGCCUGGGGGACGCUGAUGGAGAUGGGAGCCUCCAGCCCUGCCCUGCCACAGGGCAACCCGGCCCCCAAGGCGAGCUUUGGUGUUAAAGUGCACUGUAAA